CUAUCAAUAGCGUGGUUAGCGACGUAAUUCAAUACAGCCUGACGCGUAUACAUGGAAUACUGUAAACGAUAAACGUAAUAAACCAGCUUUAAUACCAUGGAGUGUGACACACAUACAGGUGAGAAAGUUUUCAUGGUGUGUAUAUCAUGUGACAAGUUCCCCUUUGCCUGUGGAAAUUGUCUUGAAGAGAAGCAUGUAAAGCACGAAGUUCAGACAUUGAGGAACGCCGCUCAUUCUAUCCUUCAGAAUCUGGAAAAGGUAGAAACCGAGAAUGUGCGGGUGUUUAAAGAGAUCAAGUCGGAUCUAGAGGGUCUCACCGAAAUCAGAGAGGAUCUGAAACAGGAUGCUAAUAACGUAGAUGAUGAGAUCGCGAAACGUGUUGAUGUUAUCAGAAGCAAAAUCGACGAAGUCAACACGGAAGUAAUACAGAAACACAAAACGGAAGUCGGUAAGAACGCGGAGUCCAUUGACAGAACGGAGGAAGCUCUGAAAAAACAGGUGGCCCAAAUAAAAACGUUCAAAAAGAAGGUAGCUCAGCUACAGAAGAUGAACGACUACGUGGACGUGAUUGAGUCGGGAAGGGAGGUUAAGGUGCCGGAUACCAACCGCAUCCCUAGGCCGGACAUACAAGCCCUAACAUUUAGCCCCGGGACUGUCAGGGACGGAGAACUUAAACGAAUGUUUGGAGGUAUUAACACCAUGUCGUCUGACUUCGUUGGUUCGAUCGAAAGAGAAUCAAAUAUCAAAGUAACACCAGUAACAUCCUUCAAACUUCCUAAAGAUGAUGGCAUAGAUACUAUGUUUUGUUCUAAGCCAGGACAUUGCUGGUUAAAAUGUAAGGAUAAAAACACCGUUAAACUUUUAAACACCUCUGGAGAAACUUUGCAAGCUGUCAAGCUAGAAACGCAGACAAAUGGAUUUACUGUCACUUCAAAUAACAGGUUACUGUUCUGUUGUGCAACUCCGCAAUGUGUCAAGAAAAUGAACCUUCCAAACGGAGAGAUCACAGAGAAGUUCAGCACUAGUCCACUGACACCCAACUACAUAUGUACAGGUCCGUCUGGGGACAUAUACGUGACGCUGUUUGACAAGAAUGAUUACAAAUUAAAAAAAGACAGUACCCGUGUGUUGAUCCAAUACAACAGUAGGGGACUAGAAAAGGCUCGGUGUCAGACAGAUGUCUUUGGCGAAUGUCUCUUUGUUGUACCAAUGGACGUCUUUGUGAACAAUAAGGGCACCCGAGUGGCAGUAAUUAACGAGAUUCGUGUCAAUCGCAGCGAGUUAGUUGUUCUUGACCAGGACCUAUCUCCUCUCUUUGUCUAUACAGGACCCAGCGUGUUGACAGGCAGAUCACUGUCAGGGUUUAAGAUUAAUGGUGCUACGUUUGAUACAAGAGACAAUAUUUUGGUUGCUGAAGAGAAUAGUCAAACUAUCCAGUUGUUGAGUCCAUCUUGUGAGCCCCUUAAGGUCCUGAGGGCCAUGGAAGCCUCACCAUGGACCUUGUCCUUGCAUGGGAAUGAGGUUUGGGUAGGGUAUGAUGAAGGAGAAGUAGAUGUCUUCAGGUAUUCUUACUAAGAUAAUUUACUCGAUGAACUCCUUGGGAAUCUCUGUCCCAGCUUUGGUGGUAACGGGUUGAUGCUGGUCAUCGGACAUGUUUUGUUGUAUGGAAGGCAGAUUAAAUAAAAAGGGAAAGAGCAGACAGAUAAUUGGGUGUGUGCGGAGCUAUCCAAAAUUGCCGGCACGGGCGCUUUACAUGAUGUCCAGGUAUUUUGUUAUGUGCGGAGCUAUGUAGACAAGGAAUACAGUGUAUAGAGCACAAGGCUUUCACCAAGAUAGCUGGGGUUCGACUGCCUGACGUGAAAAAAUGUCAUCUACCCCACCACGUGGGUUUUUUCCAGAUAUUCCGGUUUCAGCAUACAUUCAGACCACCUGCGCACUAACAUUUAGGCAAAUAAGUGUGAUAAAUUUAGGUUGAUAACGAUUGUUGCAUAAUAACAUUUGUAUAUGUAUUAUAAGAAAAACUGCAACCAGAUAUUGUAUAUGUCAGAGGCCGAAGACAGAUUCAGAUGGAAUGUGCAGAUAUAAGGGUAAUAUUGGUGAGUAGUCCGAUUUAAUGUGUGAUGAAGUGUGGCUAGAUCUAUGGUGUCUAAUUAUUGUACAUAUUAAGAUUAUGGUUACUAAUAUUUGAUAUCAAUGUACUUCUAUGAGAUUGAUGUAUUUGGGGUUUUGAAGGGGAGUUCGAUGGUAAUUAAUACCCAGGACAACCAGUAACGUUGUUAAGCCUUUGGCCAUUUGAUCUUUCCUGGGAUAUUUACCACAAUUCAUUCGUGAGUACAUAACAUGUCUUUGAAGGUUUAUUUUCGGUCCAUUUCAUUGAAGAUUAAACUUUAAUUGAACGAUACUCUCUGCACAUUAACAAUUUGAAAAGAAACAAGUUCAAUUGCCAGUGGGAAAUAGGAAAACAAUAAUGCGAAGAAGUCAAGAAAUGUUCCUCAUAGCCUCAAGUAAUUAAUUAUCGUAAUUAUAAAUAAUGCAUCAGAUCAGUUACUCAAAUAUCUUUUUCUGUCUUAAUCAAAUGUGCUAGUUAACCCGUUUUCCUGUCUUUCCUCUUCCCUGUGCGUAAGCUAUAUCAUAGAUACUGUUGUAUAAACUGGAAUUUUACAAGGAAAGGGCACAACAUGUUAGUAAAAUUAAGGUACAAUACGUCUUUAAGAUAUUGCAAUUAAACUAUGUUCAACCCCUAAACGUGGAUUUUUGGUUUGCGAAAAUUUCAGCAUUUUCACUUCAAACUAUUCACGUUGUGUACCCGUUGAUCACUCUAAACAACACAAUGUGUGACAGAGAGAUAAUACAACGUUAAGGACGCGAAGUCACAACAUGAAUAUCUACAAAAUGA